AGAAGGAAAAAUGAGGUAAGGAAUUUUCAGCGUUGAAAUUCUCCACCCUUUUUCUUUUUUUUUCUGGUGAGGGCGUGAUCACCUUCAUCCACUUCGAAUCUUUCCAGUAAACCCUUCCAGGGGGAAACUAACACAGCCAACCAUGCCUCCUUGACAACCCUAACCUUAAUUCCUUCACCCUGUCAACUUCCUCUUCAACAAAAUACGCCAUAUGGCGAUUACAUUCCGAUAACAGCAACAUAGAAAUAACUGCAAGCCUUUCCUCGAAGAAAACAAGACCGUGCAACUGUCCGUACGAGGUAGAGGUUUGUUUUCUUUUUUUGUUUUAUUGCUGUUAUUAUUAUUUAGAUGGAGAAAGUAGAGAAAAAGGGAAAAGAAACCAAAGAAAAGAAAUGGACGCGGAAACUGGAGUUACCGUCGAUAAUGGGGAACCCGAAGAAAGAGGUUGCAUGCGACGACGACGUAUUGGCGUCGCCGAGGGAUGUAUUUGGGGUUCCCGUUUCGGGGACGGAUUCGGACAGCACGGGGAGCAGCAACUACAAUGGGCUUGGAUCGCCCGGAGUGGUCUCAAAUCGGUGCCUGAGAGACCCGCAGAACCAGCAAUGGAAGACGAUGAUCGACGUGUUGAGGUUCAAGUCCGUUAGAAGAUUCUCGACUAUUCCUCUGCUUGGGGCGAGUUACGAGAUCUCGCGCCGGAGCCUGAGGAACAAGUUGGCCCGUAUUCGACCUGCCAAUGACGACGAUGAUUUGGAUUCUUGUAUUGACAUUGACGGCAUUGCCACCAAGCCUUCUUGGAGAAACUUCAAUUACGCUGACCUCGUCGCUGCAACCGACGAUUUCAACCCUGAGAACAUGAUCGGAAAAGGUGGUCAUGCUGAAGUCUACAAAGGAUGCUUACCUGAUGGUCGAGUUGUAGCAGUUAAAAGGCUAAUGAGGAAUGAAAAGGACAUCGAGGAUACAGUUGGUGAUUUCUUGUCAGAGCUUGGAAUCAUUGCUCACAUUAACCACCCAAAUGCAACACGCUUGAUAGGGUUUGGGAUCGACCAAGGUCUCUAUUUUGUUCUACAAUUGGCCCCACAUGGAAGCCUUGCCUCUCUGCUCUUUGGACCUCAAUGUCUGGAAUGGACUGUAAGGUUUAAAGUAGCUGUUGCGGUUGCAAAAGGAUUACAGUAUCUCCACCACGAUUGCCCGAGAAGAAUCAUUCACAGAGACAUCAAAGCCUCAAAUAUAUUACUCAACGACAAUAAUGAAGCUGAGAUAUCAGACUUUGGAUUGGCAAAGUGGCUCCCAGAUAAAUGGGCUCACCAUGUUGUCUUCCCAAUAGAAGGCACAUUUGGGUAUUUAGCUCCGGAGUACUUUAUGCAUGGAAUAGUUGAUGAGAAGACUGAUGUUUUUGCAUUUGGGGUUUUGUUACUCGAGCUUAUAACAGGGCGUCGAGCAGUUGAUUCCAAUAGCAGGGAAAGUCUUGUGAUCUGGGCCAAACCACUUCUGGAUGCAAAGCUGGUCCAAGAAUUGGUAGACCCCAGAUUGGGAGCUAAUUAUGAUCUGGCCGAAAUGAAGUAUUGCAUGGAAACGGCUUCCUUGUGCAUCCAUCACAUGUCCUCUAAGCGGCCAUACAUGGAUCUGGUUGUGCAGCUACUGAAAGGAGAAGAAGUGCCAGUAGAACUCAAUCACAACUCACCUACUCCAAGAUCACUCUUGAUAGAUGCAUGUGACCUGGAAGAUUACACUUGCUCUAACUAUUUGAACGACCUCAAUCGCCACAGGCAAUUACUCAUGGAGUGAUGCAUUUAUGGGAGCUGUGUGCAUGUUUUACCAUUGUGUCUGUUGAAGCUUGUGGAAUAAUACUUGUAUAGCAGUGUGUAUUAGUGUGUAUUAGGGUGCACGCGUGUGGUGAAGAUGACAAUGCCAGAAGCUCGGGUCCUUGUUGAGGCAUGGGAAAAUAUCUUAGGUUGUAAGUUGGCAUGAACUUGUAUGUGGUUGACUUACAACUAAGGACUAAGGGCCUCUCUACAACUAACUAUUUUUAAACAAAACAAUCUAAUGAGCAAAUCAUCCGUCAGAGAGCGUCUGUACCUUUUUGAUUCUGUAGUGAUUAUUAGUAGUGCCUUUCAAACAAUUUCAUACCAAACUCACCCUCAUUCUCACAACCUUCCUUUUCCAUUUCUCCCAUUCUUUUUGCUGGAUUCACUUCACCAA